AUGACUAUAUGUAGUUCUUCAAACACCGCGACAUCAGCUGCAAACAGUAGCGUGUUCCAGUCGAGUGGCUUAUGCGCCCAAUUUUGCGAUCCUUGGGCCUUCGCCAUUUUGCAACAAUCCCAGUGCUGGUGUUCCAAUGAGUCUCCCGUCUCGGGACUAACGGAGGCAUCGUCAUGCGACUCCCCAUGUCCCGGGUACCCGUAUGAGUCUUGUGGGGGCAAAGGUCUUUUCAGCUACGUAGCGCUUCACAGAGUCGCCUCGCCCGAUGAUAGUAUCACCUCAAUGACCAGUAUUCCGAGGCAAACUUCGGUGGAGACGUUGUAUGAGACCCGAGUUACUGAAGGCACACUCAUCAAGACAGUAACACAGACGGUCACCGUUACCAAAGGCGGCAUUGAAGUUCCGUCAGACGCCCCGAAUAUCACGACAACUGUCCUUUCAUCGACAAGACUAGCAGCUCCAGCUUCCAGUAAGAAGCUCAACCGGGCACAACUUGCUGGCAUUAUUGGGGGAGUCCUCGCCACCAUAUUGAUCGUGUUGGUCAUUAGUGUAUGGAGCCUUCGUCGGCGGCGGACACCUUUAAAGCAAGAUGACCUGAACACAGGCUCCGUCAGCGAUCUCACACAUUUUCCUGGCAGACUUGGAGUACUGCGUAUUACUAAUCCGGACUAA